AUGGCGAGGGUGCUCAUCGCGCUGGUCAUCGCAACAGCGAUACUUGCGCUCGCACCUCCCAGAGCUCAAGCCGCUUCGGUGGCAGGACGCAUCUCGUGGACAGUUCGCCAUCUCUACUUUACCAUCUCAACGUUCUCUUGCGAUGAAGGCGAAAGCUCGGGUGUGACUGCGCUCGACCCUUAUUGCAAUUUUCAAGUGAGGUGGGGUGCCAGCGGCACUACGAACACGUACAACGCAGUUGUAUCAGAUAUCAUCAUCAACACCAACGCCCCGCGAUGGAACUAUCAACGAACUGGCACGGCCACUGGCUGGGAUGGCUCGGUGUACUUUUCCGUUUCUUGCUGGGAGAGCGAUGCUGCAGGACAGUUAAAUGGCAAUUACAUGGGCGUUGUUACGAAAAACAUACCCAGCAUGCAAACAAACUAUGCAUAUGGUACCAUCACCAGCGCUACCUCCUGGACCGGAAUGAGCAUCGGUGCGCUCGGCGGUGGCUGCGCCACUGUUCCCAACGUGUACGUGUACUACCGAGCCGACUGCGACGCUGGGUACUAUGGUCCAACGUGCAACGAGUUUUGCCAAGUCGGCUCACCGGCCGCUUGCACGGCAUGCAACUCUGUGACUGGCGCCUGCACGUGUAGCGCUGGCUAUCUCGGCAAGGAUUGCAACACAUGCGACGCUGCAAACCAAUACUACUCCAACGGUGCUGGUAUUUGCACCCAGUGCAUUCCCGAAAACUCAGCCACAGCUGGCUACAAUUGCUUGACCGACGGCACCCGCAGCUGCCUGCCUGGCUGGAAAGGCUCGAACUGCAACAUCAGGAAGAGCUGUUUGCCCAACCCCCCUGCGCCAGCCAAUGCUGUGGCAAACAGCUGCACCACGACGUACGGCAGCACAUGCACUUACAGCUGCCAGUCUGGCUACGCCGCCACGAGCGGCAGUACCAGCUCGACAACGUGCACAGACCAGGAGCUUUGGUCGUCGUUCUCACUGACUUGCAACAACAUUGACGAGUGUGCUCCUGGUGGCGGCAACCUGUGCGCACAAAUCUGCUCGGAUACCAUUGGCAACUACACCUGCUCUUGCAGAUCGGGCUACCACCAGAAUGGCAACGGCCGUGGCGUCGGUGGCUGCACGAGUAUCAAUGAGUGCGCAGCCAACAACGGAGGGUGCUCGCAAAAUUGCAUCGACACCCCCGAGUCGUUCUAUUGCGGCUGCUUCUCUGGCUACCGGCUUGCAGGCGAUGGCACGAGCUGCCCAGACAUCGACGAGUGCGCCGAGAAUCUGGACAACUGCCAUGCGAACGCGACGUGCACCAAUGCUCCUGGAAGCUUCCUCUGCAACUGCAUCAGCGGCUACAGUGGCAACGGUGUGACAUGCACAGACAUUGACGAGUGCGCUGCUCCAGCAGCACCCUGCGACCCGAAUGCCGGCUGUCUCAACCUGCCAGGCACCUUCAAGUGCACCUGCGAUGUCGGGUUUGUUGGCAACGGCUUUUCGUGCGUCGCAAACAACUCUGCAUCGUUCAUGGCCGACUUGAGGCUCGUGGUGACGAGCGAGGGCACGACCGUGCUGCUCUAUGUCAACACCACGGUUGCGCGCGACGGGUCGCUCGUGUACUUUACUGUCACUGGCGUAGAGGCGGUGCUGGGUGAAGAUUAUGUGGUCGUGACACCCUCGCCGCUCGAGUUCAACCUGGGCGACACGGUCAAGGCCAUCGAGAUUACCAUCAUUGCCGAUGGCGUGGCCGAGGAUGUCGAGAAACUGACAGUGCAGCUGUACGACGCUCGGUAUCUGAGCAUUGGCGAACACAACCAGUCGACAGUUGUGAUUGAUGCAAACGACCACACGAACGGCGCUGUUCGCAUGGUGCCUGAAUCGCGUGACUUGCGUGUGAGCAUCACGGCCGGCUCGUAUCCUCUGACUGUGGAGCGCUACGCUGCCGCCUCGCUUGACCAAGCCGUGAACGUGACUAUUCACCGAGGCUCUGGCGUCGCUCGCCGCGAUGCUUUGGCAGACCAGGACUUUACCCUCAUCAUCCCUGCGAACUCCAACCAGGCAACCCUCAAUGUUCCCCUGCCGCUCUCUACCACCCCUUCGCUUGACGUGACUUACACGUACUCGCUCGCCGAAGCGGCGAUGGUCGGCGGCGGCCCAGCGCCAGCUCUCGGCUACUACGCAAGCGCAUCCGUGACCGUUGAUGCACACGACGAUCCGUACGGCGUGUUUGGCCUUGCUUUUGCGACCGCUCGUCUGAACGAGAGCAGCACGACGCAGAUUCUUGUCACCCGGAGCCAGGGCAUGUUUGGAACGACGGUUGUGCGCGUUCGUACGACGGUGCUGACAGUCAACCAAGCUGGUGGUGUCCAGCUCGCCUCCGCAAGCGAUUUCACCCCGUUCUCUACGCUUUUGACCUUCACGCCAUCCGACAGCUCGCUGACAGUGCCGAUUACGAUUGUGGCCGACGGCAUUCCUGAGGUGGACGAGAUCUUUGGCGUUGUUCUCGAACUCGUCUCUGGCAAUGGACGGAUUGACCCGAGCGCUGCGCUUGAAAAGAUCACCAUUCCCGAGAACGACGACGCUCGCGGUGUCCUGUCCGUGACACGCAUCUCCUCUUGCAGCGAAGAAUCCCUGGUUGUCGGGGGUGUUUUGCAGCCCAACAACACUGUUCAGGUCGAAAUCCGACGCUCGGCCGGUCUGUACGGCGACAUUUCGUUCUCGUGGUCGACCCACGACGGCAAGUUCGACGAUGCCACAUUGCUGUCGCAGAACACGGCCCUUGCGGCGCAGCCCGACUACAACGCGGUGACACGUCAAGUCGUGACGAUGGGCGCGGGAGUCGACCGCAUUCAGAUUUCCGUUCAGCUGCUCGACGACGCCGUUCCCGAGUUGGACGAGUACUUUUACGUGCAGCUGGAUGGCGCCAUGGGUGGCGCUCGCAUUGAUCCGAUCAACAACUUUACCGACGUGUGCAUCAGCAACAACGAUGUGCCGUACGGCCAGCUUGCGUUUGAGCACCCGAGUGACAUGCGCCUGGGACCGGCCGGCGUCCGUCGUUGGCUGUUCCAACAGGGCGACACGAUGGCGGUCGUUGUCAAGCGCUACUAUGGUGCAUUCCACGCAAUCUCUGGUUUGGUGACAAUUGUGAUGGGAUCUGAUGCGUCGCCUGCCGAGGCUUCCGACUUUGUCGGCGGCGUGGUCACUCAGCCCGUGUCGUUCGCGGAGGGCGAGACUUCCAAGGUGCUUUACUGGACGGCCGCCAAUGACAGCAUCGCCGACGCCGACUACAAGACGUUCCGGUUUGUGCUUUCGGCGAACGGGGCAUCGUCUGGAGAAGAGGCUACUUCGUUGUUGACGACGAGCUCACUCGACAGUCAGAUUCCUGCCGUGAUUGAUGCCAAGGCUCCAGGCCAAGGCGUGCUGGGCUUUGUUGCGACUGACAUUUCUGUUCAGGAAGUGACGGAGCUGGUGACCUUGUUUGUGACCCGUAAUGGAGCCAGUCAAAGCGCUGUCACAUACACUACCUACGCACGCGCGGGAACUGCCUCUGUCGACGACUUUGACGCCUCGAACACCAACAACGCGCACACUCUUGCUCAGAGUGAUUCAACACAGGGCUUCUCGCUCGCCAUUCUCGAUGAUGACAUUCCGGAGGGAAGCGAAACCUUCACUGUCGAACUGCAGAAUGUCGUUGGAGCCCGGCGUGCAUGGGCGUGUGUCGCCACCGUGACGAUUGUUGCGAGCGAUGAUGGCAACGGUGUGAUUGCGUUUGCCAACUCCACCACCACUGACACUCCCGUCAUCGCCUCUGUAUCGGAGAACUCUGGCACUCUGCGACUUCCACUUUUGCGCGAGAUUGGUCUCUUUGGCCAAGUCACCGUGACGUUUGUGAUUUCGACGGAUGUGCGUUCGCACGCCGACUUGGAUCCUCUUCGCCAGUUGUCUCUACCGCCUGCUCGCUCGAACCUGACGCGCGACAUUGACGAAAUGCCAUAUGAGGUUGUCUUUGCCGACGGCCAGGAUGAGGGCUUCUUGGACAUUCCAAUCUACGACACUGCGGGCUACCAGGGUACGCGGGUCUUUUUCAUUCGACUGACUCUGGUUGCUGGCGGCGCGCGCUUGGGUGCUCAGCGGGCGAUGGCGGUACUGAUCACGGACAACGAACGUGCUCCACCGCCGUCGGACAAUGGGUCGACGUCUGCCGCUACCGUUGGCAUUGCGGUUGGUGUCCCCGCCGUGCUCCUCUUGAUUAUCUUGCUGAUUGUGCUGCUGCUUGUUGCGGCCCGACGCAAACACAAGAAGGAGAAGCGUGCCCGCGAGCCUCCGAUGUCCUUGACUGGCUCUGUUGUUGGCAUCGAGCUCAAUCCACUCCGCCGAUCGGACAACGGCACCUACGACACGUUGCAUCCUCAAGACUCCACCUACGACACUCUGGGCGGUGCCGGCUAUGACAGUCGGGUUGACAACCCGAUCUACGACGUCUCUGUCGACGACAACAACCAGCUCUACGACACUUUGAAUGGCGCUGGUAAUCGCCCUCCUCCGCCUCCAGCAACGGUGCCUGGCUCCACUUAUGCCCAGCUUGAUCACCAGUCGCCAACCAACAGUGCGCCACCUUCGAUCGGCUCACCCGCUGCUGAUUACGAGGAAUUUGCAUCUGCUGCUCACCAGCGCAAGAUGGAGGAAGCUGUCGGUCAGAUGUAG